CAUUGCAUAUUUUUGCAUGUCCUUCCUUUUUCAUUCAAAAUACAAAUCGUCACAGCUCAGAACAACUCUGUUAGGGUGAGCAAGAAAACAUCACACAGAGUCUCUUUUCUCUUCUCUCAUGGUUUCAUCUUUCACCAUUACACAAAAAAAAAAACCAGUCCUUUUUCAUUUUCAUUUCAGUUCCUUCCUUCUGCUGAAAGAAGAAAAGCUCAACAAUGGCACCCAGAGGAAGACCACCCAAAAAGAACAGGGUGGUGGGUACCACGCGCAUGGAUGCUGCCCUUGAUGCAAUGCUUCAAUAUGGGUUUGAGAAACGACUCGUUCGAGAAACGGUUCAGGAGCUUCUUGAUGUUUAUGAAGGAAAUCAAGGAUGGCCCUUUAUUGAAGAUGCCUCUUACAAGCUCCUAAUUGAGACCAUUCUUGGAAAACAACAAAAUUCUGAACCAGACAAGGAGGAUUCUUUGCAAGAUAAUGCAAGAAGGCAUGAUGUUGCUGAGACAUCCAGGAAUACUGAAGUUGGCUCCUCUGACAUGGUCGCUCAGGACUCUUCAUUGGCGACAGCCAGGAUUACUGAAAUCGGCUCGUCUAGCCUGGUAGCUCAGGACUCUUUAUUGCUGACAGCCAGGAUUACCGAAAUCGGCUCAUCUAGCCUGGUGGCUCAUGACUCUCUACUGCAGACUAAUGAUGGUUUGGACUCUGCAUCUCAAACCAAUGAUCAAGACUCUGCUUCACCUGGCAAACUAUUUUUUUUUGAAAUGUCACCUGGCAAACUAGAAACUGAUAAGCCUGUGCCAACCAAUAGAGGAGGAAAUGAACCAGGCAUGAGGGCGGAGUGUAAAACUGAGCAAAAGCUUGUGGAUGAUGUCAAAAGAAGCAGUCAUAGCAAGUUUGCCAGUAAUGCUGAGAGCACUGUUGUGAGAGAUUCUGGGAUUGAAUCCUCAAAAACACCUGAAAAUGUUCCAUGCCGUAGGCGUAAACCUUUCCAUGGAUUGAUUGGUAGCAAUGGCGACGGUGACGGCGGGGGGCUUGUCUACUUUGCACUUCCACCAUUACAUAAACAGAUAGAGUUGUUGACACGUUGUGCUCCCCGGAGUGUCCGUAGCCGAAGGAGGAAGAGUAGAUGGGAUGAAAAGCCAGAUGGUAUUGAAUGAAUCUUUUGGUUCUAGUUUUAGUACUUGUAUGAAAGCCAGGGAUGAUAGGGAGCAACUUUUUGUACAUGAGACAUUGGAGAUUUCUCCAUUGGCUGUUUUUUGUGACCUAGUUUAGUUUAACAUGAUAUCUGAAACGAAUUUGUAAUCAAAAUAGUUCCCUUACUGAUUAUAUGAAUUGCUCUUGCUUUA